GGUCAAGGGUUUUGAUACAUAAAGCUUACGCAGGCUGAGUAUCUGGGAGUGCUGAGGAAAAUCCCACUUGCCAGCUCUGUUACUGUUGGCACCCUGUGGGGAAGAGAAUGAUGUUGUCUUGCCACAUUUGUUUUGUCUUUGAGGAGGUCUCAGAUUUUUUUAAACUGGAGUGUAACCAGUUACAUUGGUAACAGAGCAGUUUUGUUCCUGACUUAAGGAAAAUGCCCUGGAAGAAAUGCAAGCACGGCCUGUGUUAUGAGAUAGGUGAAGAGAAGAGAGUGUUGGGAAGAACACAGCAACAUUUACAGAACUGGUGGGCAUUACCAUAAUAAUUGGUAUUAGCAUGACUACAAGAACUGUUGUUACUGCCCAGUAAGUGCUGUCUGGGAAGUAUUUGAUGAUUUGGAGAAUAGAAAGAAAGUCCAUAACCUGACAGUUCUUUUUUCUCUGGUGAAGAAAUCUUCCUGAUCCACAGAAUCAGGAAAUAUCAGAGCUUUUGUCUUGUUUUGUCACAAAUGUUAACAAUCCUUGUAUAUUUUGCUUUUUUUCCUCUUAAGUUAUCUGUGCACAUAAAUUUCUGCAGGAGCAAGAUCUAAGUAGUCCAACAUGACAUGCUAGAUAAGAGCUUUGCAAACACUCUUGAGAGGUGUUUUGAGUGCUACUAAUCUCUUCAGAAAGUUGACUCCUGUAAAGACAAAGCCCUGAAGGAAAAGUUUUGAAUGCUGUGGGAUUUACUUUCUUAAAAGCCAUUUUCUGAAGCUAAAUGAAACAAGACCUGCUUAGAGUCCUGUGAAGUGAAUCUGACUUUUUUUUUUUUUUAAUACUGGAGCAAAUAGUAACAAAACGGAGCUGCAGGAGAGUGACCUGAAAGAAGCCUUUCCUGUGCCUCACCAAGGUGACAGCAAACCAUGACCGCAAAACCUCUGCCAGUCCUCUGAGGCCCUAUCAAGGAAGAGCCAUUGUUCAGGCCCUUGUUCCAUUGUCACUGGGAGCAGUAGGAUGAGACCAGCUUGAGAAUCAAACUUCCACCUGGGAGUGUAGUAUCUCACCUCUGUGGACAGCAUUUCUGGACUUGCUGACACCUGUGCCACUCAGCCUUGCCUAGUGCAAUGUCAGGCCAUCACACUCCCUCUGCUGGGGGUCCCUUCUCAGCACUCACACCCAGCAUUUGGCCUCAGGAGAUCCUGGCAAAAUACACACAGAAAGAAGAAUCCGUCGAGCAGCCGGAGUUCCGCUAUGAUGAAUUCGGUUUCCGAGUUGACAAGGAAGCAGAUGGUGCUGAGCCGAACUCCAGCAAGCUUCUGGGGGUCCCACUGACAGAGGAGCCACAGCAGAGGCUCAAGUGGCAGGCUCAUCUUGAAUUUACACACAACCAUGAUGUGGGUGACCUCACCUGGGACAAAAUUGAGGUCACCCUGCCACAUUCAGACAAGCUGCGCUCCCUGGUGCUGGCCGGCAUCCCACAUAGCAUGAGGCCACAGCUGUGGAUGCGCCUUUCAGGGGCUUUGCAGAAGAAGAGGAACUCAGAGAUGUCAUAUCGAGAUAUUGUGAAAAACAGCUCUAACGAUGAAACCAUUGCUGCCAAACAGAUUGAAAAGGACUUGCUACGCACAAUGCCCAGCAACGCCUGCUUCUCCAACAUGAACAGCAUCGGGGUGCCACGGCUGCGCAGGAUACUACGGGGACUUGCCUGGCUCUACCCAGACAUUGGAUAUUGUCAGGGCACUGGCAUGGUGGCUGCCUCUCUGCUGCUCUUCUUGGAGGAGGAAGAUGCCUUCUGGAUGAUGUGUGCUAUCAUUGAAGAAUUGGUUCCUGCCUCCUACUUCAGCACCACCCUCAUGGGUGUGCAGACAGACCAGCGUGUCCUGCGGCAGCUCAUCGUGCAGUACCUGCCCCGCCUGGACAAGCUGCUUCAGGAGCAUGACAUUGAGCUCUCCCUGAUCACCUUGCACUGGUUCCUCACCUCUUUUGCUAGUGUUGUCCACAUCAAGCUGCUGCUGCGUAUUUGGGACCUCUUCUUCUACGAGGGCUCUCUGGUGCUGUUCCGAGUCACUUUGGGCAUGCUAAGUAUGAAGGAGGAUGAGCUGAUUCAGUCCGAGAACUCUGCCUCGAUCUUCAACACGCUGUCAGACAUCCCGAGCCAGAUUGAAGACGCAGAUGUGCUGCUGCGAGAGGCCAUGCGCGUGGCUGGCUCCCUGACCGAUGUGGCGGUGGAGACCCAGCGCCGCAAACACCUGGCCUACCUCAUCGCUGAGCAGGGGCAGCUGCUCAACUCCAGCACCACUGUCAACAACCUGUCCAAAAUUGUGCGACGCAGGACUCAGCGCAGGAAAUCCGGCAUCACCUCUCUGCUUUUUGGGGAUGAUGAUCUGGAGGCACUGAAAGCCAAGAAUAUCAAGCAGACAGAGCUGGUGGCUGACCUGCGUGAGGCCAUCCUCCAGGUGGCACGGCACUUCCAGUGUGUGGAUCCCAAGAACUGCAUAAUUGAUCUGACCCCAGACUACAGCAUGGAGAGUCACCAGCGGGACCACGAGAACUAUGUGGCCUGUUCCCGCAACCGGCGCCGCCGAGCCAAGGCACUGCUGGAUUUUGAGCGCCACGACGACGACGAGCUGGGCUUCCGCAAGAACGACAUCAUCACGAUCAUUUCCCAGAAGGAUGAGCACUGUUGGGUGGGAGAGCUGAAUGGACUGAGAGGUUGGUUUCCUGCAAAAUUUGUGGAGAUCUUGGAUGAGCGGAGUAAAGAGUACUCCAUUGCUGGAGAUGACUCUGUCACAGAGGGAGUGACAGACUUGGUGCGAGGCACACUCUGUCCAGCCUUGAAGUCCAUAUUUGAACAUGGAUUGAAGAAGCCAUCUCUGCUGGGGGGAGCCUGCCACCCUUGGCUGUUCAUUGAAGAGGCUGCAAGCCGGGAAGUGGAACGGGACUUUGACUCUGUGUAUUCUCGACUUGUGCUCUGCAAGACUUACAGACUUGAUGAAGAUGGCAAAGUCCUCACUCCAGAGGAGCUCCUUUACAGGGCGGUUCAGGCUGUGAACAUGACACACGAUGCUGCACAUGCACAGAUGGAUGUGAAGCUUCGUUCUCUUAUCUGUGUUGGACUCAACGAGCAGGUGCUGCAUUUGUGGCUGGAGGUGCUGUGCUCAAGCCUGCAGACUGUGGAGAAGUGGUUCCACCCCUGGUCAUUCCUGCGCAGUCCUGGCUGGGUGCAGAUCAAAUGUGAGCUGAGAGUCCUCGGCAAAUUUGCUUUCAGCCUCUCUCAGGACUGGGAGCUGCCAAUAAAGAGGGAGGAGAAGGAGAAGAAGCCACUGAAGGAAGGGGUGCAGGACAUGCUCGUGAAGCACCAUCUCUUCAGCUGGGACAUAGAUGGGUGACCUCCACCCCACCCCAUCCUGGGGACCUUCUGGAUGGCCACACUCAUCUCUUCCACCCCCUCAUGUCUCACACCCUGCCCUUCCCCACCCCACCCACUUGUAUCUGUGACAAACCCCCCCCCCGCCCUCGGGGGCUGCCAAACCACCUGGGACAGAUGGAGCAGUGCCAGGAGGCUGAGCUGCCGGCCCGAGGGGGCUGAUGGUUGAGGGUGAUGCUGCAAAGGGACAAGUGUGUUCUGGCUACUAAAAGCAAGUGCCCCCUCCAGUUUUCCACAUCUCUGCCACCCCUAUCUUCUGCUUUCCUCAGCCCUGCCUCCCCACCAGUGCCCAGGGGAGCAGCCUGGCUGGAGCCAUUGUGCCCUGCCCCAUGGACUAGCAGUCAUGUGUGGAGAUAUGAGUGUGUCUGUGGCUGGAGCUGUGGGGGGGAGAUGACCCUUUUGGGGUGGCUUUGAUCCAUAAGAGCUGGUGCCAUUGACAGUUGGCACUGCAGCUGCAUGUGGAAUUGGGCUGGUGAGAGACUCACUGCCAUACAGCAGCAGGGAGAGCACAUCCCCUCCUCAUGGCAGCCAAGGGCUCCCCUCUGCUGGGGGACACAGCAGAGCUCCUUUGACUUGGAGCUAAGAAGGGGGAACUGGCAUCAGUUUCAUCCCACCUCCCUGGCACUGGUGUGGGGUGUUGAUAGGAGUUGCCCAAAUUUACCAGCCUGUUACCACUGUAACAGCCUUAGGGGAUGGUCAUUGUCUACUCUGGGAGCAGACAAAAACCACCUCUCCUCUAAACAAGAGUGUUUCAUGCUGUUGUUUUAGUCUUGAGAUGAUUUUUACUGUUAACCAAAAAGCUGUAAAUUUACUCCAGGAACAUGUAUAUUUUGGCAUCGUUGCAGCUCAGGACAAGGUUUAGGUUGGAGCUGGCUCAGGGAGACCUACUCGUCCUUCUCGCCCUGCAGUGGCAACGGGGACAUGGGUCAGGAGUGGAGAAUUGCUGCUUUGUGGUGGUGGCUCUGGAUAUAGAGUCUGUGACUUUCUACUGAAAGCGCUUGUCUGUGAGCACAAACUACUGAUGGGAUGACACUAGAUUCUUACUUUCCUUUAUUUGGUGGGUUUGUAAAUAAAAACUGCGUCUUGGGAGA